AUGGCGCGGCCACGAUGCUUAGAAUGGUCGCUCUUGCGCGUCGCGGUCUCGUCAAUGGUGCUCGCAUUCGUCGCAGCCGUCGCGAGAGCGGCCAACGUGACCAUAACGCACCUCCGCCUCGACACGACACACGACUCGUCCUACUCGCCCUGGGACCCCUCCGUCUACUUCCAGUGCGAGGGGGAGAUGAAGCACGUGCUGCAGGGCGUGGUGCAGGCUAAUCUCACCUACAACUUCACCGGCCAGGAGGAAUUUCAGCCCUUGGUAGAGCUCGCAAAUGCUCAGUGCAAGACCUGCGGCCUAUACGAAGCUGACACGUUCAAGGCAGAUGAUACGUUUGACAAGUUCCAGCUGUGCGCGGAUGACUUCAGGGGCAGCAAGGAGGGCCGUGUGACGCGGUGGGUGGAUGGGGAGUUCAAAGUGGCGAUGAGCUGCCCGGACUGCCUCAACAGCCAUGACCACUCGCCUGUGGAAGGCGACUCCUUGUACCCUCUGCUCCCGUUCCUCAUCUUCCUCGCUGCAGCAGCAGCCAUCAGCUCUCUCUUGCAAGGCGACUCCUGGUACCCGCUGCUCCCAUUCCUCAUCUUCCUCGCAGCAGCAGCAGCCAUCAGCUGCACUGCUGCCCUCCUCUCCUGCUGCAUAGAGCGCCGCAUCUGGCCCUUCCAGCACAAGAACCCCUCCCAACCGCUCAGCACCUUGGAGAAACAGCAGCUGGCCGAAGCCACUGCAUUCAUAGGGAGCAGUGAUGAGGAGGAAGAAGAGGAGGAGAGGGAGAGGAGGGAGAGGGGGAGAGGGAGGGGUUCAGAAAUAGGGAUUGAGAUGGGGGAUUUGGGGAGAAGUGGGGUGUCGGAUGGUGAAGGGGAGGAAUCAGGAGGAGGAAGUGUGGGUGGGAGUGGGAGGAAGGCUCAAGGGGAGUGCUUGCACGGCAGGCCCUACUCUGUUCCGAGGGAAGAUGAGAGGGUGGACGUCUGA